UGGGUGCUUAUAAGACGGGCGUCUCGGGAGGCAGCCGUCCGCACGGCGCAGGGAUGGCGCCUCUGCAGCUGCUCCUCCUGCUCUCGCUGCUCGCUGCGUCCUCGGCCUCCCAGCAGGCCCUGGGCUCCUGCCGCAUCGUCUGCGACCCCCCCGCCUCGGGGGCAGCCAGAGGGGAACACGGUGUGGUCGUCCCCCUCUCCGCCGGCGCCCCCGGACCCCCGGGGCCGGCGGGUCCCCCCGGCAAAGCGGGGCCGAGGGGCAGCCCUGGAAUACCGGGGCCCCCAGGGGGGCCUGGCACUGCCACACGCCCCAGGAUCGCCUUCUACGCGGCCCUCUCUGAGCUGUUCACCCAGCAGGACGUCCUGAGGUUCACCGACGUCAUCACCAACCUGGGCGCCGACUACAGCCCCGGCAGUGGCAAGUUCACCUGCAGGGUGCCGGGGGUCUACGUCUUCAGCUACCACAUCCUGAAGGACGGGGAGCACAUGUGGGCCGACCUCAUGCUGAACAACCAGGUCUACGCCAGCUCCACCGCGCAGGACGCCAGCAGCAAAUUCGACACCGCGGCCAACAGCGCCGUGCUGCAGCUGAAGGCUGGGGACGAGGUCUACGUGAAGCUGGACGGGGGGCAGGUCAUGAAAGACGGCGCCCAGGGCAGAUACAGCACCUUCUCCGGGUACCUCCUGUACGAAGACUGAAACCCCUCCCCGCCGCAGCCCAGCUCGAACCCUCGACUUGCCGCUGAGAGUCUUGCACAGCUGCGCGGUGUCUCCUGCCUUGAGACCUGUCUGUAGCCACCAGUAUACAGUAUGUGAAUGUGAGCGUGGCAAAUUAAUCAAUAAAGCCCUUGACCUGCUC